CCCACUUCUUCGCCCCAGAAAAACCAGGUUCACCACAACCACCGCUUACCACCUCUGAAACAAAUAAAUAGAUAGACAAACGGCCAUGUCUUCGCGAAUGCUUCUCACAAGACUAUUCCUCCGACCCCGACCUCACUUUGUCCUCUUGCCCGUGCGCCAAUUUCACGCUCUCUACCGCCCCACCGUCCCACGCACAUCCCAUAUCCUCCGAAACCCCAAGCGCACACUCUUCAUCCAAACCGAGUCGACGCCCAACCCAUCCGCGCUAAAAUUCAUUCCUGGCCUCCCGGUCCUACCGGAGGGUUGCCAGUCACAGGAGUACAUUGACGGCCGCGAGACCCACAACUCCCCGCUUGCUCGGAAGCUGUUUGCCGUCGAUGGAGUUCGUAGUGUGUUCUAUGGCCCGGACUUUAUCACCAUUACCAAGGAUGAGGAGACCCAGUGGGCUUUUCUGAAGGCGGAGGUUUAUAGCCUUAUCACUGAGGCGUUGAAUAGCGGGGAGCCGGUUAUACUUGAGGGCACUAUGGAGAGCAGCGAUACUCAGAGGGAGGAGGGAGAUUCGGAGGUGGUUGGGAUGAUCAAGGAGUUGUUGGAGACGAGGAUUCGGCCGGCUAUUCAAGAAGAUGGUGGAGACAUCGAAUACCGCGGCUUCGAGAACGGCGUUGUUAAGUUGAAACUCAGAGGCGCCUGCAGAACAUGCGACUCUUCGACGGUAACACUGAAGAACGGAAUUGAAUCUAUGCUUAUGCACUAUAUCGAGGAAGUCCAAUCGGUCCAGCAAAUAAUGGACCCAGAAGAGGAAGUAGCCGUCCGUGAAUUCGAAAAGUUUGAAGAAAAGCUCAAGAAGGUCAAGGGACCAGAGAUAAUCGCCAACACCGAGAAGCGAGGACUAGAUAACGCGGAGGCGCGAAGGGCGGGGUUCUAAAUUACUUUUUUUUCCCCUUCCCCUUCCCCUUUCUUUCUUUUUCUCGCGAAUGCAAUUGUAUGGGUUUCUGAGGAUUAGUCGGGGUUUUUCUUUGUAUAGGUUCCUGGGAAUAGACAUUGUGGGCGUCAGUGGUGAUCA